UGGGUGGGUCUUUGACGAGACAUCCAACGGAGAUCAAAGCAGGGACGCGGUGUAGGCGGGGACAAAGGCGCGUGAACCAAUGGGGGUUGGGCUCCAAGGUUUUCGGAGUAGGGCGACCACACGUGGAUAGUUCCCGGGCCCCGGCUAAGGAAGCAAAAUGGGGAAGCAGAAGCAGAAGAUUCCUUCGGUGACGGGAAGUGCUGUUGCCUCCUUCUCGCGGCGAGGAAAGAUGCGCAGUAAUAGCCAAAAGAAGAAAAUCAACUCAAAACCCAAAUCUCUGAAUGAGCAAGAAAUUCCCUAUCGUCUGAGGGAGAUCAUGAAGAGUCGUGAGGAGUUAAAGAACCCCACGAGCAGGAAGAAAAAGAAAGCAGGAAGGAACCAGAGGCCUAGUUUAGAGGGUGACAUACCUGUGCCAAGAUUCAGGAGGCGCAAGGGGGAAUCAAAAUCUUCCUACAUGAGGCGGAUGGACCAGGAAACUCAGCAUGUGAUGUUCCUUACCCAAAACCAGCCACAACGUGAGCCUGAGAAAGAAGAACCAAUCCAGGAAAAGUCCCAGAAGAAAAAAGAAUUUCGGCAAAAGAAACUGAACAAAAUCCGAAAACAAAAAGAAGAGAGGAAAAUAGCAGCGCUGGAGACGGACUUGCUUAGAGACUCAGUACAGUUUGGAGAAGUUGCUCUACAGCCCCCAACACUUACAGCGACGCCUAGAAAGAAUGUUGCCAGAAAAAAGGUUGGCCAGAGGCAGCUUCUGCUAAUGUCUCUCUUGGGCUCUGGUCCAGCAGCCUCUACUCAUAAAGUCGCCCAUGCAUCUCUUGCUCGCCAGAGGAUUGUGCAGGAGGAGAGAGAGAGGGUUGUCCAAGCCUACCGGGACCUAAAGAAACGUAAGGAGCAACAACAGCUGUCAGCCCAAAGCCAGCUUGCUUUGGAGAGACUAAGGAAGCCAGUCUGAGGUAACAUUUCCAGCAUUACAGAAAAGACAGAACUGUUUGGGAACGAAAAUAUCUACCAGCAACCACAGCAGCCAUCCACUUCAAAUGGUUGUUUUUUGAAUGAGUGUCAGGCCACCAGAACAAGCAGAUUUCUAGCCAAUUUGAUCUGUGAUGGGUAAGUGGGUAGUAUGGGGGACAACAGUCGUCAUUUCUGGAAGAAUGGUUUGUGUUCUGAAGAAUGAUUUCCAGAGAAUGAACUGUACAGAAAACAACUUUCUCUGUGUUCAGCUUUGGAAAGUUAUGCCCAGCAUGAAGAUUGCACCAUAACUGUUCUCUACAGAGGAUGUCUGAGGCACAAGAACAAACACUAUUUCUUAUGCUGCCAUUAAUUUGCUCCAGUUUUCUGUGAGCGGUCAUGCAAUGGCUGCAAGAUUAUUAGGAAAUGCUCCUUUUGUUGAAUGUGGAAUUGCUUUAUCCACUUUUGGGUGGCAAACUGUGGUUUAGCUUACUUAAAAAAGUAAAGGAUGUGAAAUGAGUUCGCUUAGAGGGAAGGAGUUUGAUUCCUACUGGGUAGGUUACCUGUUACCAGCUUCCAAAUAAAAAAAAGUAUGGAUAAUUGAA